UUUGCCAAUGACAAGCAAAAGCAAGUUGCCAAGGCCAACCGCCAUUUUGUGAAACAACGCAAAGUAAAAAUUAAUUUACGAGUUCUAGAAAGUGAAACAGUGAAGAAAAACUAUAAUUUCGUGACUAUUCAAGCAAAAUUCUAAUCAAUUUAUUGAAUAUAUAUUGUACAACAGUGAAUAAAGUACAAGGAUAAUGGACAACCAAAGAGAGAAGGAACGAGACCGUUCCAGGCGCGGAGAUAGACCGUCCAGGUUUUCUGACGCUACACGUGACCGGUCUGACGAUCGGGAUAGGUCUGAAGGGAAACGAUUAUUUGUUUCAAAUAUACCAUAUGAGUUUCGUUGGACUGAAUUGAAGGAUUUAUUGAAAGAGAAGGUAGGUGAUGUGGCUUAUGUUGAACUUUUCAAUGAUGAAAAUGGAAAGCCAAGAGGCUGUGGUGUUGUUGAAUUUACAAACUCUGAAGCAAUGAAGAAAGCUCUGUUAGUUAUGCAUAGAUAUGAACUUAAUGGGAGAAAACUAGUUUUGAAAGAAGAAACUGGUCAUGAAAGAAGCAGAAACAUGGCUAGGCAAGGAGGCGGAGGAGGAGGUGGUGGUAGUGGUGGUGGUGGUGGGGGAAGGAAAAUGAGGGAUGACAAAGAUGGUUGGGGUGUGAACAAACCACGAGAACCAGAAAACUAUAAUACAUAUGGAUUGAGCUUGCAGUUUUUGGAGUCUAUAAAUGUGCAAACACCUUUAGUCAAGAAAAUUUUUGUUGCAAAUCUUGACUAUAAAGCAGAUCGUGCCAAAAUAAAGGAGGUUUUCAAAAUGGCGGGAAAAGUGCGUAAUAUUGACUUAGCCGUUGACAAAGAUGGCAAUAGCAGGGGGUUUGCCGUUAUUGAAUAUGACCACCCCGUUGAAGCUGUACAGGCAAUAUCAAUGUUUGACAAGCAAAUGCUAUUUGACCGCCGAAUGACCGCCCGUAUGGACAGGGGUAUGUCUGAUAAGACUGAACUUAGAUUGCCUGAAGGUCUCAAGAGCAUUGGCAUAGGACUGGGUCCGAACGGAGAGCCUUUGAGAGAUGUGGCCAGAAAUCUGCCACAAAAUUCUGCUCCUAAUACAUUGAACUUGGCUACGGCUGGAUCGACAAUUGGUGCAGGAGUUCUAGGGGCAGUUCCCUCGGCCAGUGUUAAUUUGAAUGGACUUGGUUCUGGCUUAGCUGCUAACACACUCACUACAAAUGCAGCACUUGGCAACAGUUUAGGACUGCAGUUGGGGCUGUCAAGCCUAGGGGCUCUACAGAACCAGCUGUUGCAGCAAGGGCUGACAGCGAAUGACCUCGCCACAGUGUUGUCGCAGGCUCAAGUCGCUAACAACAAUGCAAUGGGACUUAAUAAUACUGAUGUUGGAAAUGUUCUGGUGAACAACAAUCUCAAUAACAAUGUCCUAGGACCCAAUACAAGUAUGAGCAGUGGACCACUAUCAGGUCCUAAUCGUCAACUAGGUAACGCGUCGGUGACGGGGCAGGGCUACGGACGCGACCAGGGCGUGCAGCAGAACAAGCAGUCGUCCGAUAUGGUUAUGAUCACCAAUCUUCCUCCGACAGUCACUUGGCAGUUGAUUCGUGAAAAGUUCAGCGAAUGCGGCGAUGUGAAGUUCGCUGAGAUGACGGCGGCAGACACGGCCAUUGUGAGAUUCCAUAAAGAAUGGGACGCAGAGAGAGCUGUCAAAAUGUUUGACAGGACGCGUAUUGACGGCAGGACAAUAGAUGUUCGUUACUUUUAAGAGAAACUAGCUGCAGCAAAGGAAUGUGGUAUUGAAGUUGAGGUCUCUUGGUCGAAAACUGCUAGUGAUCGUCUUGUUCUACUGCUGCGUAAUAUUUAUCUUUUUAUCGAUUGACUCGGAAGUUUCGAAAAAUUCUUACAAUUAGGUUAAAUUCUUAGAUAAGUAUAAGGCUUUGUUUUGUGUAAACUUAAUGGACAAUUAAAUAAAAACGUUAAAAUAAAGGUAAUAGUUAAAAUAAUUUCAUGAUUAGUUUAGCAGUUUGACACAUUAAAAUGAGGGCCUUUCUGGGAUUAGAAUGUUGCUUUUGAUCAGAAAAUUAAGCGUAUUUUACUUGGUGAUGCAGAAGGCGUUAUUAAUUUGUCUUUUUGGAAAUGUUAGACUUCGUCUGUAGAAUUUGUUCCAUAGAUUCGAUUUCAAUAAACUGAUGUAAUAUGAA